AUGCCCCCCUCCCGCUCCGGCAUGGGCACCCUGUACUGGGACCCGCCGUCGCCGCCGGUGCUGACCAACAAACCUCCGUUCGCCUGGCCAGACUGGUACGACCCCUCGGCGGAUGGCUUCCACCCAGGCAAGAUGCACGCCCCCGCCGAGGGUGCAGCGGACCUGCGGGACAGGCGCCUGCAAGAGCAGCUGCUCGGCGCCCUCAUGGUGCCCCCGUCGGCGCCUGCGAGCGGCGCAGGCAUGGGGCCAUGGCUCAGGUACCUUCCAGCAGAUGCCGCGGCUGCCCAGGCAGCCAAGCCGCUGAUGGACUGGUCGACGGGCCACGUCCACGCGAAGCCCCUCGGCGCGGUGCCCGACCUGGACGGCAGGCUCUUCGUUCGCCCCCCCGGCGCCUCGCCGCCGGCCGUGCGGCGCGGCCCCGAGCCCGCGGGGCCCCCGCCGGCCAGCCCCGAGGCGGCUGCGCUGGAGGCGGUGGCGACGGUCGCGCGGGCCGCCGAGAAGGUCCGGGACGAGCGCGAGCUGGAGGCCGCCGCUCACUUCGUCGAGGCGGACCCCACGCUGCCACCAGCCGCGGUGGCCGGGAGCGAACCCCUGGUGAUCAGCUCCCCGCCCGGCGUCUUCGGCACCACCUGCCGUGGCGCGGGUGUCCCCUCGCGGCGCCUGGCGGGCGGCGGAGGCGGUCCGCGAGGCGGCCGAGCCGCACCUGGAGCCCGCCGGGCCCGCCGGGCGCGCCCAGCAGGCGGCCGCGGG